AUGGAUCGGCUGGAAAAUGGAAACUUAAUGUCGCCAUCGAAAAAUGGUGAUCCCAAGCCCAAAGCGAAGCUGGAGGCUGGUACUAAUCGCCGGCGGAAUGUCUUUGCCCCCAAGACAAAGACAGGUUGCUUCACUUGUCGACGCCGGCGUAUCAAGUGCGAUGAGCAGCGGCCUAUAUGCAAACGCUGUGUCUCAGCAAGGUUUGACUGCGAAUACCCUAAACUACUCUCAAAGAAACGGCCACCAGUCCUGGUUUUGCAACCGUCCUCCAGUUCGCAGCCUGCUGGAACCGAGCAUGUAGGGUACGAGACAGAACUCUUUGGAUGUUUUCGAACGUUUAUUGUCGCCAGUCUUGGUGGCUCCUUUAAUCAUCUGUUUUGGAGAGUAGAUGUGCCGGCUGCCGCCCAAAUCCACCCGUCUUUGUGGCAUUCUGCGCUGGCGAUAGCUGCUAUUCACCACAGUGCAAGACUGCAAAAAGCACGAGUUCGUGAAUCUGGAAUAAAACAACUACAGCGCAAUGUUAUUCGGAACCACUACUACAUCCUCGCACUCACUCAUUACAACAAAUCCAUCCGCCACGUGGCUGAUCUGCUGGGCUCGCGCCAUCUCCACAGCCUAACCUAUAUGGAGAAGGAAAUGGUCAUCAUCAACAAUAUUUUAUACCUGGGCAUAUGUUCUAUGCUGGAGGAUCCAAUACAGCAAAAUUCCCAUAACACAAACUUGUUCAAUUUUCUGGAAGCUGUCCGGUUUGGUGAAGAAGACCCUUCUACUCACAGUGGUGUGGCACGGUUCGAGGACUUACUUUCUGUUGUCUUGGCCAUCGACGGCAGCUUUGAUGGGAAUGAAAAAACACCAGAUCGCGAGUUUAGGGCUUGGGCCGUUGCAAUUCCCAAACAUUACGCAUUGCAGACAAUCACUCAGGCGUAUCUUGAGAUUUUACCAGUGGUUUAUCGUCGCCUUGCUUUUAGUGACACUGAAAUACUACCAAGCACCGGGCAGGCCAUGGAAGAAAUUCUCCGUCAGAAAAGAAUACGCUCUUUUGAAGCCAAGCUCGAUGCAUUUGAGAAAGGACACCGAAAUUUAAAUCAAAGAGAUCGUGAGGCAGUGGAGAUGAUGAGGCUAUAUAUGCAGUGUAUGAACAUCAGAAGCGAGAUUCUUGGCAAAACCUCUAGAGAAGACGCGAUGGAACAUGACGCGAAGUGGAUAGCCGUCGUGGACCAAAUUGGCGAUCUCCAAGCACGAACAACGCCACUCGACCGCCCAUACUCACACGAAAUCGCACCGAUUACGUUUGCACCAUCACUGGGCGCUUUAUUGGGAACAGUGGCAGCAUCUGCUCAUAAUGUCGAUACGCGCCGCAAGGCGGUUGAUCUGAUGAAGAAGUGGCCUUUUAAAGAAAAUAAUACCAGCAGCGAGGAGGAGGCUGUUGGAUUUGAGGCCAUGAUAGACUUUGGACUCCGCGGACCCGAACGAACAAGACCAUGGCAGCAAGCUGGCUUGCCAAUCUUACCUACAUUUGAAAACGGCAGCCUUGAAAGUGGCAUCUUUGAUGGGUGCAAAGGGUGUGAGUGCAUUUACGGACGAUUCAUAUGCAAGGACCACAAAUUAGGCCGCUAUACACCAGACAUGACAAGUGUGCCACCACGAAUCGGUCUGUUGAGUAUGUACGAGCGUCGCCACGAGCUACCCCUUACAUGGUAUUCUCUUGAGUAUACAUGA